AUGCCCAGUGGGGUCUGGGGGCACGCCGAGAAAGAGUUCAAAGAGCGCUGCGCUCAGUGUGCUGCUGUCUCCUGGGGUCUUACUGAUGAAGGCAAAUACUAUUGCACUUCUUGCCACAAUGUUACAGAAAGAUCUAAGGAAGUUAUAGACACUGGGGCUAUUCCUAAUACUAAAAUACAAGCCAUCAACCGGGGACUUAAAAGAAAAAGAAAACUUGAGAAAGGCUGGGAUUGGUAUGUGUGCGAAGGUUUUCAGCACAUACUGUAUCAACAAGCAGAAGCCUUAAAGACCCUUGGAGUAGGCCCAGAGUUGAAGAAUGAAGUUUUACAUAAUUUUUGGAAGCGCUACCUUCAGAAGAGCAAGCAGGCAUAUUGUAAAAACCCAGUUUAUACCAGUAAAAGGAAAGCUACGGUAUUAGAAGAUAAUCCAAGUCAUUCAGACUGGGACAGUGAGCCUGAGCUGCUCAGUGACUUGAGCUGUCCUUCUUUUGUUGAAAGUGGAGCCGAGUCUCAGCCUGAUGUGCACACUCAAAAACCUUUCCCCAUCAUCAAAGCAUCUCAAUCAGAAACGGCAUCCAUCUGUUCUGGAUCUCUUGAUGGAGUCGAGUAUUCACUACGAAAGGAGAAAGGAAUUGUGAAGAUGACUGUACCAAGAACACUUGCUUUCUGCUAUCUGUCAUUACUUUGGCAGAGAGAGACAAUUACUCUUUCAGAUCUUUUGAGAUUUGUUGAAGAGGACCAUAUUCCUUACAUAAAUGCUUUUCAGUAUUUUCCAGAAGAGAUGAAAUUAUAUGGGCGUGACAAAGGAAUCUUUGCUAUAGAGUGUGACGAAAUGCAUAAUUUAACCUGCCAAGUGGUAAAAAUGGCUGGAAUAGGAGAAGUGGAUUUUCUGACAUUUGAUCCUAUAGCUAAAAUGGCAAAAACUGUUAAAUAUGAUGUACAAGCUGUAGCUGUCAUUGUAGUAGUACUGAAACUGCUCUUUUUAUUGGAUGACAAUUUAGAAUGGUCUUUGUCUAAUAUUGCUGAGAAAUAUAAUGAAAAGAACAAAGAAGAUAAGCCAUGGUUUGAUUUCAGAAAAUGGUACCAAGUUAUGAAGAAAUCUGUUGAUGAGAAAAAACAAAAAUGGGAGGAAGCCAGGGCAAAGUACCUGUGGAAAAGCGAAAAGCCACUCUACCACUCAUCUAUCGACAGAUCAGUGGUAUAUAAAAGAAGAGAAAUGGUGGUGAAUCUACAAAAACAAUUUAGCACACUGGUUGAUUCAACACCAACUGUUGCAAAAAAAAGUGCUUCAAGUUUUCAGUUCAACUGGACUGAAGAAGACACUGAUAGAACUUGCUUCCAUGGACAUAGCCUCCAGGGAAUCCUGAAGAAGAAAGGCCAGUCACUGACUACCAAGAAUUCACUCUACUGGCUUAGUACACAGAAAUUCUGUAAAAGCUAUUGUAAACAUGUGACAACUUAUGAAGAAUCAAAUUUUUCUCUGAGUUAUCAGUUUAUACUAAAUCUCUUCUCCUUUCUGCUGAGAAUAAAGACCUCCUUUCUCCAUGAAGAAGUGAGCUUAAUUGAAAAGAGACUUUUUAAAGCAAAAUACAGUAAAACAAAAAAGAAAUCUUCAAGAUCCAGGAAAGUAAGAAAAUAUUGAGAGAAAUGAAGUAGAAACUUUCUUGGAAAAUAUUUUAAUAGUGACAGUAAUGUCAAAUUAUAACAUUCCAGAGAGUUGUGGAAAAUAAAAUUUUAU